AUGAACCACAUCUGAAAGGCUAAAGAGGGAAGUGUAAUUCAUAAAACCACCAAGAAGAGGCCCAGAGGAGGGCAACGACCACUUCUUUUCUUAAUGAAAGGUUGUAAAAGCAGAAGUGGAGAAUUCAGACAUGCCCAGAGGCCUCAGCUGCCUGGCGAGCCCUGAGGGGGCAGAAGGCCGGUAUGAAACCCCCCCAGCUUCAGAGCUUCAGAGACUGAUGUGGACAAAAAAAGGGACCAGUAACCAUCUGGAUGAGGUUCAUCCCGGGAUCUACAUCGGAGACAUGUACGCAGCCAAAGACAAAAGGACUCUCCAGGCUCAUCGCAUCACCCACGUGCUUAAUGCAGCUGAUGGGAAGUUCAAUGUGAACACAGGGCCCAGCUUCUACCGAGACACCGCCAUCACUUAUCAUGGAGUCGAAGCUUUUGACAUGCCAUCCUUUGACUUGAGUCCCUUCUUUUACCCAGCGGCCAAUUUCAUCAAGAGCGCUUUGAGCUCUCCCACAGGUAAAGUCUUCGUCCACUGUGCAAUGGGCCUCAGCCGCUCAUCCACCUUGGUUCUGGCUUACCUGAUGAUCCAUGAGAACAUGACUCUGGUGGACGCCAUCAAAGCUGUGGGCGCCAACAGGAACAUUUCUCCCAAUAACGGGUUCUUGGAGCAGCUCCGAGCACUGGACACAAAGCUCCACUGCCAGGGAUUAUCCAGGAGCUUCAACGGGCGGACGUAAAAAUAAAAUCCUUCGGCCCAUAAAUUUGGAUAAUA